CAACGGAGUUCCCAGUGACAGAGUGAGCCGGUCUGUUUGCUGGGUGCUGAGAGCACCUCCACAGCCCUUUCCACCGAACCUCCAUCAUCAGCGAGGGCGGGACGUCGCUUCCUCAUUCCUCCAAAAAUAGGAGUGGCCCAAGAAGAAGAGCAAUAGCGAGACGCGGGACCUCGUCUGGGGUCAGUGGUGAGGAUCGAUUUGUGGCUUAAGUUCGCAUCAAUACGCUCUGUUAUGGACAGCUGGAGGUAAGAGAUACGCCAACAGUGUAGAAUGUUGUUAUAGGUCUGCUAAAUGACUGUGUGCCAGUCAUGGCACCAACGAUAACAUGGAUCCUGAGGGUUCACUGCCAAGAAAACAAUUCAGAGACCGAGAGGGAGAAGCGUUGGGCAGAGCUGUUUGAUCAGCUGGACCUCAACAAGGAUGGACGCAUCGACAUCUCGGAAUUGCGGGCCGGACUUGCCAGCCAAGGGCUGUCCAGAACCUCCCUGGAGAAGAUUGUGAAGGCAGGCGACACCAAUAAUGAUGGCGUGCUGGACUUUGAGGAGUUCAUUCAGUAUCUUCGCACCCAUGAGAAACAGCUGAAGCUCAUGUUCCGCAGCGUGGACAAAAAUGAUGAUGGUCGGAUAGAUGCAGCAGAGAUCCAGCAUUCUCUGCGCAGCCUCGGCGUCAACAUCAGCUUGGAAGCAGCCACCAAGAUUUUGCAAACUAUCGACAAGGACGGUACCAUGACCAUCAAUUGGAUUGAGUGGCGCGACUACUUCCUUUUCAACCCUCUCACUAACAUGGAGGACGUGGCCCGCUAUUGGAAGCGCUCAAUGAUGCUGGAUCUGGGUGAGCAGCUGUCAGUUCCAGAUGAGUUUUCAGAGGAGGAGAAGAAGUCUGGGUAUGUGUGGAGACAGCUGAUGGCGGGGGCGUUGGCCGGAUCUGUUUCCAGGACAGGAACCGCCCCUCUGGAUCGCCUCAAGGUUUUUCGUCAGGUUCACGGGUUAUCGGUCUUCAGUGGAAAUUUCGUGAGCAGUUUCCAAUCUAUGGUGAAAGAGGGAGGGUGGAGCUCCCUGUGGAGGGGAAACGGAAUCAAUGUCCUUAAAAUUGCCCCAGAGACCGCCAUCAAGUUCACUGCUUACGAACAGAUCAAGUGUUGGAUGUGCAGCAGCAAGGAAACAAAGAAGCUGAGGAUCCAUGAGAGGUUUCUUGCUGGGUCUCUGGCAGGAUCCGUUGCUCAGACAGUCAUCUAUCCUCUGGAGGUGUUAAAGACACGUCUCACACUCAGGAGGACUGGUCAAUAUUCAGGAAUAAUAGACUGUGCCAAACAGAUCCUGCAGAGGGAAGGCGCUGCUGCCUUCUACAAGGGCUACGUGCCAAACAUACUCGGGAUCGUCCCCUAUGCUGGGAUCGACCUGGCUGUUUAUGAGUCUCUCAAGUUCGCCUGGCUGAACAGGAACAGCGGGGUAGCGGAUCCAGGUGUCAUGGUUCUGGUGGGCUGCGGCGCCAUCUCAAGCACAUGUGGGCAAUUAGCUAGUUACCCUCUGGCGCUGAUCCGCACGAGGAUGCAGGCACAAGCCUCCACAAUAGGAACACCGAAGCUGUCAAUGUUGGCGUUAAUUCACAACAUCGUCUCGCAGGAGGGGGUGGCAGGUCUUUAUCGUGGGAUCUCCCCAAAUUUACUGAAGGUCAUCCCCGCUGUCAGCGUGUCCUACGUUGCCUAUGAAUACACUCGGAUAAUCCUGGGGGUGGACGUGGAUGGUAGGAGGGGAGGGAAAAGCAAGGGUUGAACUCGAGUGUGGUUUGUUUUCAUGAAAGUGCAUGUAGAAACACCCAUCGUCUUGGACACUGAAGGCUAAAGGUUUGGCUUGAAAACAGUUGUUCCUGUUUAAGGCCAUGGAGACUCACAUAAACUGACAGCCGCUUUCCCGGAGCAACCGAAUGCUGCUUUGUGAGGCAUGGCGUUUUUAGGAACACUAACCUCUGGGCCGACUGACUGAAACUGAAACUGCACUCGGAGGUUGUGUUACACUUUUGCAACAAAGAACUGUCUGCAUAUCCGACUGCUCCUCCUCUCCCAGGUGAAAUCUGACGUGCGGACAGCGGAGUGCGAAACCUGAAGUCUGCCAAGUGGAGGAACCUUGACUGUCUGAAUAAAUGAAAUAAUCAUGGGUAACUGCGGAAGCUGGCUGAAAAUAGUGGGAAGAACUCUCACACAUUUACCCUAUGGGUCUUAAUAGUCAAACUGCAGCAGGGACUGGUCUUUGUGUUCUAUAUGUCAUUUAAUUUCUUAUCUCUGAACAAUGAAACCCGAAUGUAAUAUAAAUGGAUAAUAA